CUUGCCACCACCUACAAACUCUAGCUUGGAGUGCUGCUUGAUCUCGACGUCGCGGCAGUCUCGCUUUGAUGUAUUCAUAGCUUUCAUUUAUCUCACUAUAUCCGCUCGUCGACGCAGACUCCUGCCUACGACUUUCAUAUCCCGCAAGUGACUUUUGCCUGUACGCCAUGGACCACCGGAGCACGCUCAGCAUACCCCCGAAAUCUGACGCGUCGCUGGCCGAAUGGACGAGUAAGAUCAAGGAAUUGCAGAAGCAGGUGGACGAGGACGAGGAGGCAGAGACCAGAAGGCUUGAGGCUGAGAUCGCGGCGUCGAGACAGGCUCGCAUGCGUAGGAGCACGAACCUUGGCAGUCGGACGAACAGCGUCGAUCUCUCGCAGAGCACGGUCGCCGCUGCAAUCAGGGCCGAAGACCAAUCUGUGGUCUCGGACGAGCCUUUGACCGCGCUGCAAAAGCAGCGGAACCAGGAUGAUGCCCUCCGCAAGCUCAUGGGAGAGGAUAACAGCCAGAGGGCUCCCAGCCGCUCUCGUGCACCCCCGUCUCCAAAACCUGUAUCUCCUGCACCAGUUUUGGCUAGGCGUCCCUCCUCCCCAAUAUCGCUUGCUGCAUUCAUAGGCGGUCGAGCUACCGGACCUAGACUGACGAAGCAUGCCCCGCAACAAGAUGCCCAUGAUCCAACGCAGUUCGAGCAGCGUACCCACAUAUCUGCUCCGCAUCCAAUAUUUGGCCGUGGAGGCGUAGCGAUGCCCGGUAUGACGGGCAACGGGAAGGCAUCGGUGGUGUCUCGCGCUAUCCGCGAGAAGGAGGCCGAAUCGUCGUCAGGCUCUGCUGCACAGCGAGACCGUCGCACUAGCACCCCCACGGCUGCUGUCUCUACUAUUCCUCUACGUUCGGUGGCGGAGAAGGCCCAGGAGCGCGAGCGCGAGAUCAUCCCGAGCUACACCGGUUCUUCGCAGGCCAACACCAUCCGACAGCGCACCAUGAGCACGCCCACAGGCGCCACACCAGCCAAGACCAGUAUCCCAGAUGAGACAUUUAACACUAAGCCCAAGGCCAAUCCGAUUUCUCGACCACUCUCCCAUUCACCGAACCCAAUCAUCAUUCGUCCCAUCACUCCCAGGUCAAGCGCAGGGUCGAGGUCGCCUGCCCCUCGUCCUUCGUCCUCGGCUUCCACAUAUCCGGCUUCGCCGUCUUCGCCCAUACCCUCCUCCAAGCAAGUGGUGCCAUUGCCUGGUCUUGCACGUCCGAUUCAGCCCACGCCCCGCCAUUCGCUUGGGAGUCCCCAAAUGCCACCUUCGCAGAAUCCCUCGCCGGCCUUCCUCAAGCCACCACCCGAGAAGCAGCCGACGCCCAGUCUGAGCCGCCUGCAAGGUCGUGGUUUCGUGAAGAAAGUGGUUGAGAAGAGCGCGUCGCUCGAGGUCGGGUCGCCUGAGAGCUCUCCGACACCAGAACGCUCCUUCACUCCUUCCGGGAAGAGACAGAGCUCGGUACUCGACCGUUGGCAACAUGGCCCAGGCGGCUCCCCUACUCCGCCGCCCGUGAUCUCCCCAAAGCCCAUGCCUAUGCGCAAGUCCUUCACUGCUGACCCAGCCUCACCUACGACGUCAUCCUAUAGCGUCCCGCUGAAGGGAGAUGACUCUCGCCCAGGCCUCAAGUCCAAGUCGUCGAUGCCUUCCCUCCCGACUAUGUUCACGGGAAGCUCUAUCGGUGCAUCCUCUUCGGUAAGCGAGAGCGGGUACAGUGGCCCAAAGCUUGGCUCAUCCAAGACGGUGAUCACAUUCAUCCAACCCUCGAAGACUGGCGAUCAGCCGCCGAGCGCGUCGCCUCCAUCUGGGCCAGAGGUAGACGAGCUUGGGAUGCGUGUUCGUACGCGAACAAUCAGUGGCGGAUUGGUACAGGAGCGGGGCGAAGCCGGUCUGCCUGUGGACGCACCGAAGGGUCAGCCGCUCAGUCAUCCUACGAAGGACCGUGCAAAGAAGCCGCGCAAAGGGAAGAGCGCCCCCGCCUCAGCACUUGUGUCGAAGUUGGGUUCGAUACGCGAGUCGUCACCGACGAGGAACGAGACGGUUCCGCUGGCGACUGCCCCACACGUGGCCGACAACGAGCGUGCCACGCCGUCGCUUUCCCCGCCCCAGACCUACGGGCCAGUCCGCACGGUUUCCCCGACCUCUCAAGGCCCAGCACCUCCCGCGACGAAAGGUUCGUCGGACUCCUCUGCGUCGAAGCCCAUCAUCCCUCCGAAGCCUUCUCUCGAUGUCGACACGCGUCCUGUGGCGGGCACCCCGGGAGAGACGAUUUCGGUGCCGACGGGCCCCCUCGCGCCUCAUCCAGGCGGACGCAGUCCUGCGAUUACCCCUCCCCACAACACUGCGCAGAAGUCGCCCUCCAGUCCCGCACGCCAUUCACGCAUACCGAGCACGGGCAAUCGUGCGACGGUCAUGGAUGUCGCGCAUGCGUUCACAGAGGCAUUAUCGCGGGAGCCGUCGAUCUCCCCAUCGCCCCCUUCCUCUGUUGUAGAGAGGCAAGCGGUCUCUCCACCAUCCAGCCUCGGCGCAUCUCAUGCUGCUAAGGAGGAAGAAGAGGAAGACUAUACCCCGCCAAGUGUCAGGAACAUGGUCGCUAACUGGGGUCCUCGCAAUACUACUACGCCACCAAAUAAUGGUACAUACGGGGCCACUAAUGGCGCGCACGGAACGAACGGGAGCGCCACACAGACAAUCGUAGCGCCACCGUUGGAGAAGCGUAAGUCAAGUUACGAGAAGUACUCGGCCUUUAUCCUGCCGCCACUUGCUGAGGAGCGGACACCUGUUGCAUCGCCUGCGGGAACUCUGAAGAGUGAAGCUGCCCCUCCACCAGAGGCAUUCGCAGAGGAUGAAGAAGAGUGGGAGCCGCCCGCGAUCGGGGCUAAGGCCCCCGUUGAGGAGUCGAGAGAUGAGCUCGUAGCCGAGGCUUCUCCUGCUCCCGAGAUUGUCGUGGUUGAGUCGGUCAAGCCUGAGCCUCGCGCGGAGACCAUCCAGUUAGUGCAUGACGACCAACCUCUUCCGCACGUCGACGUCGACGCCCUAUACCGCACGUCGCGUCCAACACACGAGCCCAAUUCGGACGUCCGAACGAUUUCCGUCGAGGUUAUGGCUAUCUUAGGGAACUCUGCCACUGCCAUCGGCAAGGACGCCCACGUCUUUUAUGAUUCGGAGCUUCUCGCGGUCAUUCACCGCGCGAAAGUCAAGUCCAGCGGGCUCGUCGCCACGAAGGUCUGGGCGUGGCACGGAAGACGUGCGCAACCCGACGAGCGUGAGUUGCAGAAAGUCCAGGAGCUCGCCCGGAGGUAUGGAACGACGCCGGUGCCGGUGGAGCAAGCUCGGGAGCCACCAGAGUUUGUGUCUGUGCUUGGUGGCACGCUUGCGACGAGGCAGGGUACCCGCGCCCAUUGGAGCCCCGAGAACACUGCGAUGCAUGUCGUACGUUCUCUUCAGGGCUCGAUCUACAUUGACGAGCUCGAUCUCGGCGUCAAGAAUCUCUGCUCCGGAUACAGCUACUGCGUUUCCAUCCUGGAGACCUUCUAUGUCUGGUAUGGACGUGGUUCCACUCUGGCUGAACAAGCGGCCGCACUCGCGUAUGCCAAGACGCUUGCGCCCUCGGAAGAGAACAUUAUUGAACUACCCGAGGACCAGAGCCAGGAUGAAGAGAUGUUCUGGAUGAUGCUCGGGGACGGCGAUUAUGCCAAUGCUGAUUACUGGAAAUGGCGGGCUAGCGCACCUUGUGUCGAUCCGCGCCUUUGGGUGGUAGAUGAUUCCCAAGACGAUGUGAUCCGCUCUGUAUCUGGAUUCCCGGCUCACGCGGAAUUCAAUCGGCAGGUAUACCUGGUCGACUGCAUAUGGGAGCUCUUCGUCGUCAUCGGCAGCGAAGCUCGUGGUCGACGACUCGAGAUUCGUCUCGCGCUCUCUGUGGCAGAUACUCUUGCAAAGAAGGCCUCCGCGACAAGGCCGUUCACACCUCCAGUCCAUGCAUUGGUCUUCCCGACACAGAUACCCACGGACCUCCUCCUUACAUUCCGCGAGCUUCACGAAUCUGACUUGAAUGCUGGAGAUAUUCCGGACCACAUGAAUCUGGUACCUGCCAUCGAAGCAGAUGCUAACUUGAACACGACAUUGUGGACGUCAGCCGCUCUGCAAGACCACACGAUGCUUCCCCUGGGCGUCCACCCAUCGAAUCUGAGCUGAACCUGCUUUUUGUCUAUUGCUACCUCGUCAGCUCAGGCUUGGGCGACCGUUGGCAGUUGUAUCGCGAAGCUAACCAUAUGGAUGUAUGACAGCCAAACCGACAGCCAGUGAAUGCAUUAGAUUACCGCUUCGAACUGUCAGUGCCCAAGUAGCGCGUGAUCGCGUCUUCUCGGUGUGGUCAAGAGACACGUGUCUUGUGCAGUUCCGCGUGCGGCGCAGCCCGUAUGGGUACUGGCUAUCGGGCGCGACAGUCUACCUCCGCUCUACGCUCGUUCGGCUGGCAAGUGAACGCUUCGCAUUGACCCCGACCAUCGAUCAUCGCAGUACCCUGGUCAGCGAACGGCCUCGACCAGAGAAUAAGCCCGGGCCGAUGACCUUUGAUUGGGACCCGAUCAGAAAGAACGCUUCUUGCAAGGUUCGGCCACCCGUCAGCCUCUUCUUGGUCGUACUUGUACCGUCCAGGGAAGCAUGGAGCGCUCCCUUGUUUGGCCGGCUGGACCGCCCUGCCCACCUGGAAGCAACUCCCGAGCGUUUCGCUGUCUUCGCGGUACAGUACCGUGUCGUUCUUGCACUAUAUAUACCCGCGGCAGCAGUUGCAGGCAGAUGAAGAGCCGUCUUGAGCUCUGCGAAACAGCGCUCCCCCUCACUCCUCCUCGUCCAUACCCUCCAGCCGGGGACGCGGGAUGGUGCUCCCCGCAGUGCUGGGCGCGCUCGCGCUCUCUGCGCUGGCCUACGCUGCUCCCUUCGAGAGUGGCGUACAGCCACACAAUCACAAUUUCAGGGCUACGACGGUCGCCGCAAGCAAGAACGCGACCACGAAGCCGCAGCCCGGCGCGAAGCCCGCGCCGUUCUGCUACCCAGCCCUCGGCUUCGUGCCGCCGUUUGAGCUCCCUGAGGACAACACCGAUUGGUGGUGCGAUCCGGCGACGGAGUACGCGUUCGUCGGCUUCAGCUACGAGGUCACGGCCUGCCAGAGCAGGGCUCAGCUCCAUAAGGAGUUUGCGGACAUCCGCUACCACUUCCGCUCUCGCUACGUUCGCCUGUACGGCGCUUGCGACCAAGAUGGCUUUUAGUGCGUAGGUCACCGUCAUGGACUAGGAAGACCAUUUCACGCGUUUCUUGCCAGCGACGACAUCGUGGACGCUGCUUGGGCUAAUGGGCUGGGCGUUCAUGCGCUCGUCUGGUUCGGCUUCAAUCUCGAUGAUGUCUGGAUCUCUCGACGCGACACGCUCUUCGCCGCACUGCACGCGAAUCCCCUGGCGAAGUUUGUGACGCGCGUGGUCCAGUUCGGCUCAGAGCCGCUCUACGACGGCGUCCUGCCCCACGACCAGCUGGCCGAGCAGGUCGUCCUCGCGAAGCAGAACCUGUCGAGCCUGAACAUCCCCGUCACCGUGUCCGAGCUCGCGUACGGGUACCAGGAGCGCGGGGGUGCGCAGGACGUGCUCGACGCUAUCGACUCCAUCAACAUCCACAUGCUGCCCUUCUUCUCGCAGAACGCUUCGACCUCUGACCAGGCAUGGCCUCUGGUCCUGAACGACCUGGAUUGGUUCAUCGCCCACGGAAACGGCAAGAAAAUGUACUUUGACGAGAACGGCUGGCCGUCGGUCACGUCCCCGAGCGUGCAGCCCAACAGCCCAGACGCCGUCGCGGACAUCCCGAACGAGCACGGAUACUACGUCCUCCUCGACCAGCACUGCGAAGACCUCAAGGCCGUCGUGGGGGGCGGCAUCGGCUGGUUCGCGCACAUAUACUCGGACAACCAGGAGCCCGGAUACGGCAUCUACAACUCCUCCGGCCACAUGAAGUUCCCCUUCGCUCCCCGGACGUUCUGCUAGCGCCGGAGAACGGAUAGGCGCCCACGCUCGGCGCUGGAGCGCGAAUGCGACGAAUCCAGAUGACGACGAUGCUCUUGACGACCUACAUACCACGAUGGUGAUGAUCCCCGCGCCUUUGCUGUACUGUUAGCACCGAAAGUGUAAUUGUAUCACGGUCCGCGACGCGUCUGCGAUGUCGAGGAUGUUGAUGAAGCCUCG